CUGGCCCGGACCACCUCGGCCCGGAGGGCCGUCAACAAAGUGGUGUACGAUGACCACGAGAGCGAGGAGGAGGAGGAGGACAUGGUCUCCGAGGAGGAGGAGGAGGAGGAGGAGGACGGCGACGCCGAGGAGACCCAGGAUUCCGAGGACGACGAGGAGGAUGAGAUGGAGGAGGACGACGAUGAUUCCGAUUAUCCGGAGGAGAUGGAAGACGACGACGACGACGCCAGUUACUGCACGGAAAGCAGCUUCAGGAGCCAUAGCACCUACAGCAGCACUCCAGGUAGGCGAAAAGCAAGAGUACAUCGGCCUCGUUCUCCAAUAUUGGAAGAAAAAGACAUCCCACCCCUUGAAUUUCCCAAGUCCUCUGAGGAUUUAAUGGUGCCUAAUGAGCAUAUAAUGAAUGUUAUUGCCAUUUACGAGGUACUGCGGAACUUUGGCACUGUUUUACGAUUAUCUCCUUUUCGCUUUGAGGACUUCUGCGCAGCUCUGGUGAGCCAGGAGCAGUGCACGCUCAUGGCGGAGAUGCACGUUGUACUUCUGAAAGCAGUUCUGCGCGAGGAAGACACUUCCAAUACUACCUUCGGACCUGCUGAUCUGAAAGACAGUGUUAAUUCCACGCUGUACUUUAUCGAUGGGAUGACGUGGCCAGAGGUGCUGCGGGUGUACUGUGAGAGUGACAAGGAGUACCAUCACGUUCUUCCUUUCCAGGAGUCAGAGGACUAUCCAUAUGGACCAGUCGAGAACAAAAUCAAAGUUCUUCAGUUUUUAGUAGAUCAGUUUCUUACCACAAACAUUGCUCGUGAGGAAUUGAUGUCUGAAGGGGUGAUCCAGUAUGAUGACCAUUGUAGGGUGUGUCACAAACUUGGGGAUUUGCUUUGCUGUGAGACAUGUUCGGCAGUUUACCAUUUGGAAUGUGUGAAGCCACCUCUUGAGGAGGUGCCCGAAGACGAAUGGCAGUGUGAAGUCUGUGUAGCACACAAGGUGCCUGGUGUAACUGACUGUGUUGCUGAAAUCCAAAAAAAUAAACCAUAUAUUCGACAUGAACCUAUUGGAUAUGACAGAAGUCGGAGGAAAUACUGGUUUCUAAACCGAAGGCUCAUAAUAGAAGAAGACACAGAAAAUGAAAAUGAAAAGAAAAUUUGGUACUACAGCACAAAGGUCCAGCUUGCGGAAUUAAUCGAUUGUUUAGAUAAAGAUUAUUGGGAAGCAGAACUUUGUAAAGUUUUAGAAGAAAUGCGUGAAGAAAUCCACCGGCAUAUGGACAUCACCGAAGACCUGACCAAUAAGGCUCGAGGCAGUAACAAAUCCUUUCUGGCGGCAGCUAACGAAGAAAUUUUGGAAUCCAUAAGAGUCAAAAAGGGAGAUGUUGAUAAUGAUAAAAACCCAGAAGAAAUAGAAAAAGACAAGAAUGAGACUGAGGAUAAUGGCUGUAAAGAUGCUGAGAAAAGCAAUGAGGAGUGUGAAGACCAGUCCCUUGAAAAAGACAGUGAUGUCAAAACACCAGAUGAUGAUCCUGAGCAAGGAAAAUCUGAGGUUGGUGAUUUCAAAUCGGAGAAGUCAAAUGGGGAAAUAGCUGAGUCUCCUGGAGCCGGAAGAGGAGCAUCUGGCUCGACGCGCAUCAUCACCAGAUUGCGGAAUCCAGAUAGCAAACUGAGCCAGCUGAAGAGCCAGCAGGUGGCGGCCGCAGCCCAUGAAGCAAACAAGUUAUUUAAGGAGGGCAAAGAGGUACUGGUAGUUAACUCACAAGGAGAAAUUUCACGAUUGAGCACCAAAAAGGAAGUGGUCAUGAAAGGAAAUAUCAACAAUUAUUUUAAAUUGGGUCAAGAAGGGAAGUAUCGCGUCUACCACAAUCAGUACUCCACCAAUUCAUUUGCUUUGAAUAAACACCAGCACAGAGAAGAUCAUGAUAAGAGAAGGCACCUUGCACAUAAAUUCUGUCUCAGUCCAGCAGGAGAGUUCAAAUGGAAUGGUUCUGUCCAUGGGUCCAAAGUUCUUACCAUAUCUACUCUGAGACUGACUAUCACCCAGCUCGAAAACAACAUCCCUUCCUCCUUUCUUCAUCCCAAUUGGGCUUCACACAGAGCAAAUUGGAUCAAGGCAGUUCAGAUGUGUAGCAAACCCAGAGAAUUUGCAUUGGCUCUGGCUAUUUUGGAGUGUGCCGUUAAGCCAGUUGUGAUGCUACCAAUAUGGCGGGAGUCUUUAGGACAUACUAGAUUGCAUAGGAUGACAUCAAUUGAAAGGGAAGAAAAGGAGAAAGUCAAAAAAAAAGAAAAAAAACAAGAAGAGGAAGAAACAAUGCAGCAAGCUACAUGGGUAAAAUACACAUUUCCAGUUAAACAUCAGGUUUGGAAACAGAAAGGAGAGGAGUACAGAGUGACAGGCUAUGGUGGCUGGAGCUGGAUUAGUAAAACUCAUGUGUAUAGGUUUAUUCCUAAAUUGCCAGGCAAUACUAAUGUGAAUUACAGAAAGUCAUUAGAAGAAACCAAAAAUAAUAUGGACGAAAAUAUGGAUGAAUCAGAUAAAAGAAAAAGUCCACGAAGUCCAAAAAAAAUAAAAACAGAACCUGAUUCUGAGAAAGGCGAGGUAAAAGAUUCAGAUGCAGAUGAUGCAAAAGGAUCAGACCAAAGUGAAAUGGAUAUCUCCAGGGUUACUGAGAAGACGGACCAAGAUAUAACAGAACUUUCAGAUUCUGACAAUGAUAAAUCCCUCAAGGAAGAACCAAUGGAAAUAGACGAUGUGAAAACAGUGUCCCAUAUAAAUUGUCAUGAUAAUUCUCAAAUAGAUGUGAUCAAUGUCAGUGAGGGUUUUCAUCUAAGGACUAGUUAUAAAAAGAAAAUUAAAUCAUCCAAACUAGAUGGACUUCUUGAAAGGAGAAUUAAACAGUUUACACUGGAAGAAAAACAACGCCUCGAAAAAAUUAAGUUGGAGAGUGGAGUUAAGGGUAUUGGAAAGGCUUCUGCAAGUUCUUUGAAAAAUCUCUCUGAGUCACCAAUACCAAAAGCAAAAGAAGGGUGUCAAAGCGACUUGCUUAAACAAGAGCAAAGCCCUAAUGCAAGCAGUGAUAAAGGCGAUGACUUGACUCAGAGAUGUUCACAAAGUGAUUCCUCGAGUCUUGGAAUCAACAGUUCUAAUCACACCACAGACAAACUUUACCCCAAAGAUCAAGUGUUAGAUGAUGUCUCCAUUCAGAGCCCAGAGACAAACUGUCAGAAACAAAAUUCUGUUGAAAAUGAUACAGAAGAGAGUCUCUCUGAAACUUCCGUUAAAGGCCAGGAACCCAGUAAGAUUAAAACAAAAGGAGGUGAUUUUCUCAUUGACGACUCUAAAUUAGCCAGUGCAGAUGAUAUUGGUACUUUGAUCUAUAAGAACAAAAAGACACUCUUGCAGGAGGAUAGUGAUCCCAUUGUUUCUAAUAAGAGCGCUUUAUUUCCAUCAGUACCUAAAAGUACCAGUGACAAAGAUGUCUCAUCUUUGUCAAAAGCAGUGGACUUUGAAGGAAAACUGGGCUGUGACUCUGAAUAUAAUAGCACUUUAGAAAAUAGUUCUGAUACUAUGUCUAUUCAGGAUAGCAGUGAAGAAGAUAUGAUUGUUCAGAAUAGCAACGAAAGUAUUUCUGAACAGUUCAUAACUCCAGAACAAGGUAUUGAAGGCUUGGAGCCAUUGAAAUGUGAGUUUGUUUCUGAUAAGUCCACUGGAAACUGUGAAGACAGGCUGCAGGAUAAGGCACCUGAAGCAAAUGGGAAAACACCAAACCAGCAGCAGAAGUUAGAGGAGAGACCAGUUAAUAAAUGUAUUGAUCAGAUAAAUCUAAAAAGUGUCACUGAGAAAAAGAAUAGUGAAAAUCGAGAGUCUGAAAAGAAAGGACAAAGAGGAAGUACAUUUCAAAUAAAUGGAAAAGAUAAUAAACCUAAAGUAUAUUUGAAAGGUGAAUGUUUGAAAGAAAUCUCUGAGAGUAAAGUAGUAAGUAGUAAUGUUGAACCAAAGGUCAAUAAUAUAAAUAAAAUAAUCCCUGAAAAUGAUAUUAAGUCACUGACUAGUAAAGAGUCUGCUAUAAAGCCAUUUAUCAACGGUGAUGUCAUCAUGGAAGAUUUUAAUGAAAAAAACAACUUGGAAACAAAGUCACAUUUACUGAGUUCUUCAGAUACUGAAGGUGACUACCAAGAUGGCCUUGAGACCCUGCCAUCCACCAAAGACGGUUCACAGGUCACCACUGUUCCACCAUCUCAUCCGGAAAGCAAUUUAGUUCAUCAGGUAGAAGAUAUGGAAAUUGAAACCUUGGAAGUGAAGAAAGUUACCCCAUCACCUGUUAUUUCUGGAGAGGAAUCUAACCUCAGUAACGAUUUCAUCGAUGAAAAUAGUCUGCCCACCAACAAAGAUGAAAAUGUCAAUGGGGAGUCUAAAAGAAAAACAGUCAUUACAGAAGUCACCACAAUGACAUCAACGGUGGCCACAGAAUCCAAAACUGUGAUCAAGGUAGCAAAAGGCGACAAGCAGACGGUGGUCUCUUCCACAGAAAAUUGUGCCAAAUCUACUGUCACAACCACCACCACCACAGUAACAAAGCUUUCCACACCCUCCACAGGCAGCGAGGACAUCAUCUCUGUAAAGGAGCAGAGCAAAACUGUGGUCACCACGACUGUGACAGACUCUCUGACCACCUCAGGAGGCACGCUGGUGACAUCCAUGACUGUGAGCAAAGAGUACUCCACCAGAGAUAAAGUGAAAUUGAUGAAAUUCUCAAGACCGAAGAAGACUCGUUCAGGUACAGCUCUGCCAUCCUAUAGAAAGUUUAUUACCAAGAGCAGCAAGAAGAGCAUAUUUGUUUUGCCUAAUGAUGACUUAAAAAAGCUGGCCAGAAAAGGAGGCAUCCGGGAAGUCCCCUAUUUUAAUUACAAUGCAAAACCUGCCUUGGAUAUAUGGCCAUAUCCUUCUCCUAGACCAACCUUUGGUAUCACUUGGAGAUACCGACUUCAGACGGUAAAAUCUUUAGCUGGAGUGAGCCUAAUGUUACGGUUACUGUGGGCGAGUUUGAGAUGGGAUGACAUGGCAGCCAAGGCUCCUCCUGGGGGAGGGACUACACGGACAGAAACAUCUGAAACUGAAAUCACAACAACAGAAAUAAUUAAGAGGCGAGAUGUUGGUCCUUACGGCAUUCGAUCUGAAUAUUGUAUCAGGAAAAUCAUCUGCCCCAUUGGAGUUCCAGAAGCACCAAAAGAGACACCUACACCUCAGAGGAAAGGCCUUCGAUCAAGUGCUUUGCGGCCAAAGAGACCAGAAACACCCAAGCAAACUGGCCCUGUUAUUAUUGAAACCUGGGUAGCAGAAGAAGAGUUGGAAUUAUGGGAGAUCAGGGCAUUUGCUGAGAGAGUGGAGAAAGAAAAGGCACAAGCCGUUGAGCAACAGGCUAAGAAACGAUUGGAGCAGCAGAAGCCUGCAGUGAUUGCAGCUUCUACUACAUCCCCCACAAGCAGUACGACCAGUACCAUGUCUCCAGCACAGAAAGUCAUGGUGGCCCCCAUCAGUGGCUCAGUCACAGCUGGGACUAAAAUGGUGCUGACGACUAAAGUCGGCUCUCCGGCGCCAGUAACAUUCCAGCAAAGCAAGAACUUCCAUCAGACCUUUGCUACAUGGGUUAAGCAAGGCCAGUCCAAUUCAGGCGUGGUUCAAGUCCAGCAGAAAGUCCUGGGUAUCAUUCCAUCAAGUACAGGUACCAGUCAGCAAACCUUUACUUCAUUCCAGCCCAGGACAGCAACGGUCACCAUUAGGCCCAAUACUUCGGCCUCCGGAGCCACCACAAGCACUUCCCAAGUAAUCACAGGGCCUCAGAUCCGCCCUGGGGUGACGGUGAUUAGAACACCACUCCAGCAGUCAGCACUCGGAAAAGCAGUUAUCCGAACACCUGUGAUGGUACAGCCAGGUGCUCCUCAGCAAGUGGUGACUCAGAUCAUUCGAGGGCAGCCCGUGUCUACUGCUGUCUCGGCCCCUCACACCGUCUCCACCACGCCUGGGCAGAAAGGAGCACCAGCAGGAGCACCUGCUCCAAACCUGCCGUCUGCAACCCCACCAGCUCCUCGCCCCCAGCAAGGACAGGUGAAACUUACCAUGGCUCAGCUCACUCAGUUAACUCAGGGCCAUGGUGGCAAUCAAGGUUUGACCGUCGUAAUUCAAGGACAAGGUCAAACCACUGGGCAGUUGCAGUUGAUACCUCAAGGGGUGACUGUGCUCCCAGGCCCAGGACAGCAGCUAAUGCAAGCUGCAAUGCCCAAUGGUACUGUUCAGCGAUUCCUCUUUACCCCCCUGGCAACCACAGCCACGACAGCCAGCACCACCACCACCACCGUUUCCACUACCACAGCAGGUACAGGUGAACAAAAACAGAGUAAAUUAUCACCCCAGACACAGAUGCAGCAACCCAAACCCCUGCCUCCAGCUCAGUCACCCAGUUUGAGUCCUCCAGAGGCCCAGCCACAGACUGCUCAGUCUUCAGCUCAGCCCCAGCCCCACGCCCAGUCCCAGGCCCCCACUCAGCCUGAAGCUCAGACCCCAACAACUGUCUCAUCCCUUGUCCCUCCCGAAGCACAGCCCACCCAAGCACAGUCAUCCAAGCCCCAAGUUGCAGCACAGUGUCAGCCUCAAAGUAAUGUCCAAGGACAGUCUCCUGUUCGUGUCCAGAGUCCACCACAGACUCGAGUACGUCCAUCAACUCCAUCCCAGGUGUCUCCUGGACAGCAAUCCCAGGUUCAGACUACAACCUCACAACCGAUUCCAAUUCAGCCACAUACAUCUCUUCAGAUACCUUCCCAAGGCCAGCCACAAUCACAGCCCCAGGUACAGUCUUCAACUCAAACUCUUUCAUCAGGACAAACGUUAAAUCAAGUUUCUGCUUCAUCCCCAUCCCGUCCUCAGCUACCAGCGCAGCAGCCGCAGCCCCCAGUCCUUGCUGUGCCCCAGCUGCAACAAGUCCAGGUUCUCUCUCAGAUCCAGUCGCAGGUUGUGGCUCAGAUACAGGCUCAGCAAGGUGUGCCCCAGCAAAUCAAACUGCAGUUACCUGUUCAGAUUCAGCAAAGCAGUCCUGUGCAAACUCACCAGAUUCAGAAUGUGGUUACAGUGCAGGCAGCCAGUGUGCAAGAGCAGUUGCAAAGGGUUCAGCAACUCAGGGAGCAGCAGCAAAAGAAGAAACAGCAACAGAUAGAGAUUAAGCGUGAACACACCCUCCAAGCUUCUAAUCAAAGUGAAAUCAUUCAGAAACAGGUGGUGAUGAAGCAUAAUGCUGUAAUAGAACAUUUAAAACAGAAAAAGACCAUGACUCCAGCUGAAAGAGAAGAGAAUCAAAGAAUGAUUGUCUGUAACCAGGUGAUGAAGUAUAUUUUGGAUAAGAUAGAUAAAGAAGAAAAACAGGCAGCAAAAAAACGGAAGCGUGAAGAGAGUGUGGAACAGAAACGUAGCAAGCAGAACGCUACAAAGCUCUCGGCUCUGCUCUUCAAACACAAAGAGCAGCUCAAAGCUGAAAUACUGAAAAAGAGAGCACUCCUAGACAAAGAUCUACAAAUCGAAGUGCAGGAGGAGCUGAAGAGAGACCUAAAAAUUAAGAAAGAGAAAGACCUGAUACAGGUGGCGCAGGCCGCUAUAGUAGCUGCCCCCACCCCCGCAGUGACUGCAGCUCCUCCAGCCCCUCCACCCUCGCCACCCCCUGCACCUGCCCUGCAGCACACGGGCCUCCCACCCACACCCGCACCCACGUUACCUGCUGCUUCCCAGAAGAGGAAGCGGGAAGAGGAGAAAGACUCAAGCUCCAAGUCCAAGAAGAAGAAAAUGAUUUCUACUACCUCAAAGGAGACCAAGAAGGACACAAAGCUUUACUGUAUCUGUAAAACGCCUUAUGAUGAAUCUAAAUUUUAUAUUGGCUGUGAUCGGUGUCAGAAUUGGUACCAUGGGCGCUGUGUUGGCAUCUUGCAAAGUGAGGCAGAGCUCAUUGAUGAGUAUGUCUGUCCACAGUGCCAGUCGACAGAGGAUGCCAUGACAGUGCUCACGCCACUAACGGAGAAAGACUAUGAGGGGCUGAAGAGGGUGCUGCGUUCCUUACAGGCCCAUAAGAUGGCCUGGCCUUUCCUUGAACCUGUAGAUCCUAAUGAUGCACCAGAUUAUUAUGGUGUUAUUAAGGAGCCUAUGGACCUUGCCACCAUGGAAGAAAGAAUACAAAGACGAUAUUACGAAAAGCUGACGGAGUUUGUGGCAGAUAUGACCAAAAUUUUUGAUAACUGUCGUUACUACAAUCCAAGUGACUCCCCUUUCUACCAGUGUGCAGAAGUUCUUGAAUCAUUCUUUGUACAGAAAUUGAAAGGAUUCAAGGCUAGCAGGUCUCAUAACAACAAACUGCAGUCUACAGCUUCUUAAAGUUCAGCGUGUUAACCUAACAUAAAACACAGCAAGAUCUGGUUGUCUGAACUAUUUUAAAUUAAGGAGCCAGAUGUUUUUAGUCAGGUUAUCCUGACAAGACUUGACCUACACUUCGUUUUUAUUGGUCAUAACAGUCCAAUUAUAUUCUUGGCCAAUUUUGUCCAACGGACAAGGGAAAAGCAAAGUCAACGACACCAUUAUCUUGUCAAGAUCAAAUGGUUUUACUAUUGUGGCAGAAGCGGGAAACUUUUGUUUAUUGAAAAAAAAAAAAAAGAAAAAGAAAGCAAGAAAAAAAGAUACUAUGGGGUCAAGUGUAACUCCAUGGAAAUGCCACGUCUGCUCUUCAGUGAAGAAGCUGGUUUAGAGUCUCACAGAAAACUUUUGACUGUAUUUAUUUAUUGUUGCAAAAAAGACGCUUUUUUAUUGCUGCCCUCAUUUGUCAGCUAAUUAUUUUUUCUUAUAAAAUCCAGCCCCGGUUACAUGUAAUCCAUCCUGUAUCUUAUCAUGAUUCCUGUAGGUAACAGUACAAGACGACCUCUAGAUGUCUUUUCUUUCUAUGAAAGGAGCUGCUAUGUACACAUGUGCACACACACACAACUGGGAAUCAACAAUGAGUUUAUUGUUCAUGGUAGAUAAAAAUGAAGCUUGCAUAAAGGUUGGGCUAAGUAGUCCUGGACUACAGACUCUGUUGCCUUGACUAAAACAAUACGAUUUGUCAUUUACUCUGCACCAGGCUCAAAGGAGUAAAAUCUAUUUGAAGGUAUCUUGUUUGUAAACAUUUGUCAGAUUCUAAUUUUGUUCUUUUUGUAUUAAAAUUCAACUAUGGAUGUAUAUGAAACAAAAUAAAUGGAGAUCAUUUCUCUCCCACAGAUGAAGGUGUCUUUGAAUGUGCGCUAAUGAUUACCUGUAAGCCUCUGUGGGAGUGGGAGGGCUGGCAGGUGAUGGAAGGCAGAGGGUCUGUCGUGCCUGGGUUUCUCCAGGACAGUAGUGGCCCUUCCUGACCUCAUUCCCGAUCCAUUGUCAGCACAGCAGAGAAAAAUCUCCAGGGGUGCUAAGCCGGUUGCAUCAGUUGACCGUACUAACGAGAAGGUAACGACAAAGCACGCAUGGCCUUCGCCUGUCUGUUCUUUUACCUUCUGUGCUAGCAGGUGGAUCGCCGGUGACAGCCAGCUACCUACGUUUGAUGAAGGGCAUUUUUUUUUUUGAGGACCUCACCCUCUGCAUUUUUCUGUCUGUUUGCUGGUUGGCUUUGUUUCGGUUGGUUUGUUUCCACAUAAAGUAGAAACAGUAGGGAGAAAAUGGAAACAACAGAGGCAAGUAUAUUUUGCAUGUUCUUCCUCUCGGUGUUCUAACCUUCCACACUGAGUUCGGCAUUGUAAUCAUCACUUUUGUACAAUGUGCCAUGGUUGAAUUAUGCAGCUUUGCAGAAAUUUUACUAGGUCUUGCACUAAUUCAUACUAGCUUUGUCCUACCGUGUUCUAGAAUUUACCUAAUUUUUUUUUCCAUUUCCUUCUGUUUUUAAUGUCACCCUGCUAUGCAAAACCUUUCCCAGAUCUUAGUUUCUUAAAAAAAGAAAAAGAAAAAAGAAAAGAAAAAAAAAAAACAUUGCUACAGUUCCAAUUUUUCUUAUUACUGGCUCAGGUGUACAGGUUAUUCUGGGUUAAUUUUAUCUAAUGAAGCCCAUUCCUUUUUGUACAUAAAGAUGUCACUUAAGCCUAUGCUUACAAACUAAAGAGACUAAUUUAGCUCAGUAUGAAAACAUGGACACAAAGUUUUUGCUUAAAAUAUUAAGAUGGGAGUAGUUAAAUACAGAUUAUUUUGUCCUUUUACUUUAAAAAAAAUGUUACAUAUUGUAUGCACUGUGCUGAUGCAAGAAUUCUACAUUUUAAUGAAUUACAAAAUUAUUCUGCAUCUCAUCAUGUCACAGUAUUUCUGUACUAUUUAUUCAUAUAUAUAUAUAUAUAUUAAAAAGUAUAUAUGGGCUUAACCAUUUAAAACUUGUCGCGGCAAGACCUUUCCUACCUGUAGGCAAUAGAUUGCUAUGUUUUUAACAAAUUGUCGCAAAUUCUGAACAGCAAUUCUUUUGUACUUGAUGGGACAUUUCAUCCUAGAAUAAUAAAGUAAUGUUUUUGACAUUGGGUUUGGUGCAGUUUCUAAUGAAACAGUGAUUGGUUGGUAUAUUGUCAGUAGCUGUUGGCAUUGCCAAACUGUACAAAAAAGGUAAAUUUUAUUGAAAUCCUGAGACCAGGAGGAGGUUAAUUUCCUAUGUAUAUUUAAUGGUAUAAAGCCUUUUGCAAUUUCUAUCACUAUAUACAUUUUGUAGUUUUAUCAACUUUAGUCUUUCAAAAGUAAUUUUAAAAAGCUUCUGCUUUUUGACAGGCUUCUGCAAGUCAGUAAGAUACACAUAUUAAGCUAUUUUGCUUUCAGUAAUUGAAGAAAUAUGUACAUUUGUGAUACUGUUUGGAUGCUUCUUCCCCAACCUUUGGGCCUGUACAUAUAUAUCAUUUGCAUUAGUAUAUUUCCUUGGCCAAAACUAUUUUCAAUGAUGGUUACUGCUUCAUCUACCAAAUUCACAAUCCUUGAAACCACUUCAUAAAAAAUAUUUUCAUAAUAUUGGCAAAGCUUUUUUCUCCUAUUUAAAUUCUGCAAGAGUUACGUUUUAGUUAAUGCCCUACAGUAGUUGAAAAGAAUGUGAACUUUCAGAGAUAUUUUCUAAAAGCACAUAACUACCUUUUUAUAUUUCAAAUGGCCUGGAGUGUUAUUUAGACACUGAGUUUUGCUGUUGUUUGUAAUCUACCUUCCUAGAAUCUGCAAAUAAAAGUUCUCUCCCUA